AUGUCUGAUCCGUGUACGUCAAGUUCUGUUACAAAAAAACGAGUUUUUAUUCAUCGCCAAGCACGGGAAAUGGCAAAAAAUGUUCUAGACAUGUGUGUUAAAGAAAGGCAGAACAACAAUUUAACAUUCACAUUAAAUAAUGCUUACGAUCGCGCAAGCCGUUAUACUGGACUCUCGAAGAGAACAUUGUCUGCAAUUCAAAAUGAAGCCAAAAAAGGGCCUCUUUGUUCGCCUUCUAAAAAGAAAAGACAGUGUAACAAGAAGACAAAUUUAAACGUCGAUGAUUUUGAUCGAGAUGUUAUACACAGAAUUAUUGAAGAAUUUUAUUUAACUAAAAAAAUUGUUCCGACCUGCAUUAAACUCCUCGCAGCUAUUCGAGAAAAAAUCGAGUUUCCAUGGGGAGUGACGAGUUUAAGAAAAUUGUUAAAAGACAUGGGAUAUAGAUGGCUUAAAUGUCAUAAUAAACGUAAAAUUUUGGUGGAGAGGCCAGCUGUCGCAUAUGCACGGUCAAUUUAUUUGCGGAAAAUUCGUCAGUAUAGGCAAGAAGAUCGAAAUAUUUUUUUUCUCGAUGAAACAUGGUUAGACAACAACCUCACAUUUAAAAAAUGCUGGAGAAAUGAAAUGAUCGACGCCGUGUUGACGGAUACAAGCUCCACGAACAGGCUCAUUCUUGUCCACGCAGGAUCGAGAGGAGGGUUUUUAAAUGGUGCAAAGUUACUUUUUAAGGCUGGUACUACGUCAGGUGAUUAUCACGGACAGAUGAACAGUGUUAAUUUUGAGAAGUGGGCCACUGAUAUGUUAAUCCCUAAUCUACCACAAACCAGCGUUGUUGUGAUGGACAACGCACCGUAUCAUAGUGUACAAGAAAAUAAAGUCCCAACAAAGUCCAGCACCAAAUCAGUAAUGUUGGAAUGGUUAAUCAAGAACAAUAUCGAAGCUUCACUUACUAUGAGAAAAGAUCAGCUCUUUCACUUGGUUCAGUUACAUAAACCUACGGAAAAAUCUUUCAAAAUCGAUGAAUUCAUCAGAAGUCAAGGCCAUAUCGUAGUAAGACUACCACCGUACAUGUGCGACCUCAACCCUAUUGAGUUGGCUUGGGCAAAAGUAAAAAGAAUUGUAAGGCAUCACAAUGUUACUUCUGAUUUCUCCCUAAAAAGGUUAAAAGAAGUUACGGAGCUGGCUCUCUCUCAGGUCACAGAGGAAGAUUGGCGUGGCUUCGACGAUCACGUCAUAAUUUUAGAAGAAAAUUAUUGGCAAAGAGAUGGAUUAAUGGAAGAUACCAUAGAUCGAUUUGUAAUUGAGGUCAGCGAUGGUGAGGAUAGUGACACCGAUUCAACCAAGUCUGCCAUUUCAGAAUCUGAUGCUGCAUAA